ACUUCAAAAACAAAAACAGAACUCCAAACACCCCCUUAAUAUGCCAGGCCGAAAGGCACCGUGAAUCUCUUGACAAAAAUGUCUGCUUAUUCAAUCUCAUUCUCCUCUCUCAAUGCUCUUCCAUGCCAUUCCAAUAAGCAGCGCUCUAAUGCCUUUCCUUGUUACCGGGUUAUGGCACCCGCUUUUACACGCCCUCUGAUUGUUGAAGCGAAAUCCCGAACCAGACAGGACGAUCGGAUUGCUCGCCAUUCUCGUCUGAGGAAGAAGGUUGAAGGUACUCCAGAAAGACCGAGGAUGGCUGUGUUCCGUUCCAACAAGCAUAUUUUUGUUCAAGUCAUUGAUGACACACAAAUGCAUACUCUGGCUGCAGUUUCAACAAUGCAAAAAGCAAUCUCAGCAGAAGUCAACUACAGUUCUGGUCCUACCAUUGAAGUAGCACGGAAAGUGGGGGAAGCUAUAGCAAAGUCAUGUCUGGAGAAAGGGAUCACCAAGGUUGCCUUUGAUCGAGGUGGUUACCCUUAUCAUGGACGGAUUCAAGCUAUUGCAGAAGCUGCAAGGGAAAAGGGGCUUCAAUUUUAGAAGUUCGGGGUUUUAGUUAUUUGCCAUUAGUCACGUUCCUUCCAUUCCUAUUGCCCUGUUCAUUGUGAUAAUGUAAAGAAGCCUUAAAAUAUACAGUAAAUCUGGGCUGUAGUUGAUUUGGUUUCAAUGCGGUAAUUGAAAAUUGUAGAUGUACGUCGAGAAUGAGUUGGGGAAAUGACAUAAUUGGACCAAAAGGCCUUUAUGAUGUGGUUGAGUUGUUAAUCAUCCUUUCGAAAUGCAUUUACUCUUUAAAAAGUUUGGGAAAAAUCGAAAUAGACUCUUUGUAUUGUUUACUAUUUCAAGUUCAUAAAC